CAUCAUUCUUAAUCUUACAUACUGCCACCUACUGCUAUGGAGUGAAAAGAACAACUGCAGGAAUGUGUUUAUCUGUUGAUGUGUGUAUGCUAGUGAAUAUACAUAAAUUUGUAUUGCAUGUAGGCGUUUGCGUAUGUGCACGGCCGUGGCUCUCAUGUAUGAGUAGGCGCCUGCAUAAAUGCAUGCUGUUACAUUGUAUUUGUGUGUGUGUGGACAUAAUUAUGAGCUGAUAUUCUGAGCCAGUCAGAUGUUAAUCUACUCCCACAUGUGAAAACAAAGAGCGUGUUUCUACAAACACAGACCACAUCAGCUCGGACACACGCAGAACCACUUCUCUGACACAGAAGGAUCCAAAAACUGCUCUUCUCCAAAGUUGCCAAGAACCUCAUUUUGGAUAAACAAACAGGAGAAACAUUUUAUUUAAUAAAAAUAAAAACAUUCCUGAAACCCGAAGCACCUAACGACACUGUUUAAUUCUACACCAGUCAUGGCAAACACUGGCCUUCAGGUGAUGGGUCUGGUGCUGGGCGUGGCAGGCUGGGCGUUUGGGAUUCUGGUGUGUGCCACCCCCUGGUGGCGUGUGUCAGCAUUCGUAGGCGAUGAGCUGGUGGUGUCUCAGGUGCUGUGGGAGGGGCUCUGGAUGACCUGCCUGUCACAGUGGGGGCGUCUGCAAUGCAAAGUCUACGACUCUGGCCUCGCCCUCACAGGCUCCACCCAGACGUGCCGCGCCCUCUGCGUGUUGUCCCUCCUUCUCUGUUUCUUUGCCCUCCCACUCUGCGUGGUGGGUCUGAAGUGUACGCGCUGUCUGGGCGAUGCGCAUGAGUCUAAAGCUCGGCUGGUGCGGGCAGGGGCGAUACUUUUCCUCCUGGCUGCGUUUUUUUUCCUUUUACCGGUGUGCUGGACCGCAUAUGUCGUGAUACGAGAUUUCUACGACCCGAAUGUCGCCGCCCCGCUUAAACGUGAACUAGGACCCUCCCUCUAUCUGGGAUGGGGUGUGACUGUGCUGAUGCUGGUGGGCGGGGCUGUUUCAUAUCUAGGCUCCACCUCCCCUGGGGUUCCAGCCAUGCCUGUUUUUGGAAGACGGGGGAAAGUGAACCCUCCACCCACAACCACAGAGAGUAAACCGGAGAAGGUGUUUGUGUAAAGGAGCAUUUGAGGACUUCAUCCUAGAUAAAUUGAGGUCAAGCAUAUCUUAAAAGAUUUAAUCUGCAGAAAUUGAGAGAUAAAUCAUUUCUGGACGGCCCAUAAAACAAUAGUUCACCCAAAAAUGAAAAUUCUGUCAUUAUUUACUUACUUUAAUGUCUUUCCAAAACUGUAUGACUUUCUUUCUUCUGUGGAACAUAAUUUUAAUUAGUUUUGAAAAUGCAACAGUUUAUAGUGAUUUACAAUGUUGGGUGGAACUUGAUACUAUCCAUUCAGAAAAUAUUGGAAUUUGAAGAAUAGUCUCAACAAUACUUGUUGAAAGAGAGAGAGAGAGAGAAAAAAAAAAUAAUAAGCCACAAAAGUUACUUCAGAGGUGGACCAGUUAAAUAUAUUUUGAUGAAAGGUUACAAACACUUUUUUAUUCGGAUAAAAUGGAUGUUUCAUACUCAAUAAGACCAGAAACAUACAUUAAGAAACUAAAUAGGGGCCAUUUUGAUGUUAUGUUGACUUUAAGGUCUGUAAAUUGUUUCCUCUGAAUUUUUUUUUUAUUUGUCUCACAUAUUGCUUUUUGUUUAUUUGCUUUUGUCAGUGCUCAAUAUAAUUAAUAGUUUCAUAUUAUCUUGUAAUUGUGAAAUAUUUAUUUAUUGAUGUGUUAUAUUCUAUUAUGUGUCUAAUAAACCUAAUGUAAUAAUGUAUUUAGCAUGUGUUUAUGUGUGUUGUCUGUACAUGCAUGCUUGGUAUGUAUGUGUGUGUAAUGCGUUGGCAGUAAUCACACAACACAAUAGCAGAAG